AUGGAUCCAAAGGAGCGAGAAGAAAAAUAUCAAGAAAAUCUCCAAGGCCGUGUACUAGCGGAGUACGUAAGGAUUUCAAAUCUUCCCAUAAGGAUGAAAGCCGAAUUCAGUCUAAUGAUAAACAGGAUAAUUGACAUAGUUGGUUACCGUGAGCACUUGCACGAGGAUCCAUACCCUUUAACUUGGCCGAGAGCUAGCGGAAUAGGAGCGAAUUCAAUGGCUAUUUCGGUAAAAGUCACAUAUCCUUUCUGGACCUGGUUUACAACUGUAGGAAAAAAUAACCUAUCACGAUACAAUGCUGAGAAUAAUACACAUAUUUUUUUGUACUUACGAAACAAAAUAAAAUUGAUGUACAACGCUAGAAAUAAGAAUCCUCCCGAAAUGCGAGUGAGACGUGACAAACUGGAAAUAAAAGGCGUGGGAGAGUUUGAUCCAGUAAUAUUGAGCAUGCGUUUGGGGAUCAACACCGAAGAUUGGCAAGGAUUGCCUCUUGAACAAUUAUUGGAUAUUCGUCUUCGUAGACAGAAGGAGGACGGUACACUAGCACUUGGCCCAUUGAAUCUUCCCGGGCUAGAGCCGGAAAAACCACAGGAAAAGGGGCCAGAGAAAGAAACGUGCACGAACGAAAAGGAAAAUGGAAAGGAAAAUGAAAAUGAAGGAGCCGGAGUUUCUUAUUCCCAAGCGGUACGUGGACAGAAAAGAAGCACUGAUGAAGACGGCUUUGUGUUGCCACGAAAAGUGAAAAGGACCACGCAGGAUAAAAAUGCUAAAUAG